GCGGAAAUGGCGGACGUCGACGACAGCGGCCCAGACCCGAAGCGGGCCAAGCUUGAGCAACAGCCUGCACCACAGGCCACAAACACACAAGCAACCAGUGAACCAGUGGACAGCACGGCGCAGCCCGAUGACCAAAAGCAGCAGCGUCGCCGUGGAACCAGAGGAGGGCGCAGACAUCGCAGGCGGCACAAGAAGAAAAAGAAGAAGAAGCACGACCCUCACCAGCUGCUGCCGAAUCGACCGGCCGCUGUGCGUGUACCGUACCAGGAUGCAGAAGGCUACCAGAGGCACCGCGUCGUGUAUCUGUACGGCGGUUUCCCUCGCGACACAACUGCACGUACCGUGCACAAGAAUCGCCCCGUGUUUCCCGGCUUUGCGCCCGGUCAGCUGCACGUGCUCCCGGGCUACAGCACGUACUGCACAGAGGUGAUCACAGACCGCCGCUUCGUGGUGCGCGCCAACCAAUACAAGGCGAUGGACGAACCUUUACCGCCACCAUCGCGCGUUCCGGAGUCCGCCAUGGCAAACAACACCCCGUACUCUGGCAACGAGACCAUCACUGGCACUGCUGCCGUCACAGCAUCGCAUGUAUCGGAUUUCGGGAGCACUGCAGUAGCUACAGGUACCCAUGAACGAGAAAGCGGCAGCGCGGCAGCCACGAUUGAACACACUGGAAUGGGGUUCGCGACAGGAGGUAGCAUGGGUCGAUUUGAUACGAGCGCAGAUGAACAACAGAGCAGCAGCCGCGUCGCCGGUGGUGCAGAUGACGACAGUCAACGACGAAGAGCAGCGAACCACCAUCACCAUGACCCGCACACGUCCACGACGACCACCACGAUGCGAUUGCUAUCGUCGUCGCUAUCAUCGUCGUCACCUGCGCUGGGCGCUGCUGUUGUGGGCCUGUCCGAUACGCUGGUGGAAUCAGAGACAGCCACGCCCAACGUGUCGGCUGCUGCGACCGCGGGCAACACGCGCGCGCACACGAGCGCACGCAGCAGCACGACACCGACGACAGCUGCGACGGGUGGCGGGCCGCUGACACCACCGAUGAUGAUGAUGGCAACAGCAGCGACUACAGCAAGGGCGACAAUGGCACCAGCGCAUCACGGCGCCGCCACCACCACUGGUGCGAUGGCAGCACAGGCCGCUUGCCAGCGUGCACGGAGAGCAAGCGAGGACGAGCGGGAGAUCUCCGCUCGCAUGUCGUCGUACUUUGGACAGGAGAUGGUGGUGGUGUCGUCGGCAUCGUCGUCAGCAGUGGCAUCAGCAGCAGCGGCAACAACGGCGCUAGUGGAGGGGACGUCGCCUGCUGGGGGCGUGUCUCCAAAAUCACACGCCUCGGUGCCAGGCAUACUUGCAGGCAAUACAGCCACAUAUGCGGACGAUCAACCGCAGCAACAACUGCAGCAGCAGGACCAGUCGUGGUACGGAGGGAUGUCUGCGUAUGGGAGUGAUGUGUUUGAUGGUGACUUUGCUGCUGCGAGUGGCAGAGUUGUGGAUGAGCGGUCCUUGGAUGUUGAGCAGUGGCACAUGCACGCAUAUGGAGAUAUGCACGAUGGCGGUGGCGGUGACGUGGGUGACCGCGUACCCACGGGCCGAAACAGCGCUACCACGCAGCAAGAUGCAGGCGAAGGUGAAGACACGCUUCAUCUGUACCAGGACCAACACCAAUACAGACAAGGAAUGGAGCACGCCGGCAAUGGUGAUGAUGACGACGAGCAACACGACGAGCAGGAAUCGCCCCAGCAGCAGCAGCAGCAGCAGCAGCAGCAGCGAAGACGACGGCAGCGGCAGCAGGGACAACAGCGAGGGCGGCGGGGGCGGCGGCGGAAACAGCAAGAGGACCCGUACGUUCGCGUCAGCACGUUUCAAGACACCCGUCUCGCCGCAUUCCCGCCAGAAUGGUUUCGUGGGAAGACGGUGCUUGAUAUUGGGUGCAACACAGGGUACACGACCCUUGAAAUCGCGCAACGGUUUGAGCCGCGCGCCGUCCGGGGGAUCGACCGCGACCCACUCCUCAUCGCCCGCUGCCGCAGGAAAUUGCAGGAGCGCGCAUCGGAGUGUGGCGGGCAGUUCCCGCGUGGUCUCGUGCACGCACACGGCCCGCUCACGGCCUGCCCAACCGACGCCGCCCACACGUGUGUUCGCCCGACCACCGAGACGGAGGCCGUCAAGUCAAAGUUGCUGCAGUUCUUCAGAGACCUUGGCGACGUCCCGGCUGGGGAGGCCGUAGAUGCGCCGCCACCGCCCGCGUUCCCCGAGAACGUCGCGUUUGAGCAGCUCAACAUUGCCGAGGACAUUCUCCUGCCCACCGAUGGCGAUGGUGAUGCAGCGGAGGAUGAGGAUGAACUUGCACAACCCACGCAACCCAUGCUGCGCCCAGCCUUUGACGUCAUACUCUGCUUGAACGUGACCAAGUUUGUGCACCUGUGCUACGGGGACGACGGCAUACGGCGCAUGUUCCGCGCCAUGUACGAGCUCCUCAAGCCCGGCGGCCGCCUCAUCAUCCAGAUACAGCAAUGGGCGGCGUAUCAGAGGGACCGAGAGAAGCUGCCGUUGUACUGGCACAACGCAACACGCAUCUCCCUACGCCCUGCUGCAUUUCCAAAAACGUUGAUGAACAUGGGAUUGCUCCUGGAAGCCCAGCACUCUGUAUUGGAAGGAGUACGCUGUCAUCGGCGGCCCAUGUUUGUAUUCUACAAGCCAUAACAGACCAGGCAAAAGGCGAAGGAGGUGGCAACGGGGGCAAGUGGGAACGAAGAACACUCACAGAGGGAGGAGAGAUGGUUGAUGAUGGUUUGAACGAGGACAUGUCGAGGCUGUCGCUUGCCACACACAAACAACACCACAACACCGACACAGCCUCCAACACGACGAAACGGAUUCGGCCCUGAUGUGGAUAUGUCUACUUCUUGUAAUAAUGCGCAUUGUAAAGUAAAUCUUGUGCGAAACGUA